AUUUGAGUAGAAAUCUGACAGCACCGUAUAGGAAUCCGGCCUAAUCGCUAUAAACAAUCUACGUUAUCGUGAACCGCUCUCCAGCCUCAGAACUAAUCGCAAUUUCGCAAUUUAAGUCCUUUUCCGGGAAGGUAAAAUGAUCAAAUUGUUCAAAGUAAAGCAGCAACAAAAAGCUAAUGAAAGUGCAAGUGGGAAUGGCCCUGUUAACAGACAGAGUGCUGGGGAACUACGCUUGCGCAAAGACAUCACUGAGCUGAACCUACCCAAAUCUUGUACAAUUUCCUUCCCCAAUGGGAGUGAUGAUCUGAUGAACUUUGAAAUCACCAUUAAACCAGAUGAUGGAUAUUAUCUAGGUGGGAAAUUUUUAUUCUCGUUCCAAGUUUCUCCUAUCUAUCCACAUGAGCCGCCAAAAGUCAAGUGCAAGACAAAGGUGUACCAUCCUAAUAUUGAUUUGGAAGGGAAUGUUUGCCUCAAUAUUCUCAGAGAAGAUUGGAAACCUGUCCUCAGCAUUAAUACUGUUGUUUAUGGCUUAUAUCAUCUCUUCACGGAGCCAAAUCACGAGGAUCCCCUCAACCACGAUGCAGCUGCGGUGUUGAGAGACAACCCAAAGUUAUUUCAAUCAAAUGUGAGAAGGGCUAUGAGUGGGGGAUAUGUGGACCAGACAUUCUUUCCUCGAUGCACAUAACCAUGGUGGGUUUGGAAGUGUUGAGUUAGAUGGUGUUCCAUUUUGGCAGUGUUGGGUAAGUUGGUUGUAAAUCUAGUCAGCAACUACUUUUACUUUUGGUCAUCUACUCAUCUUAGUACCAGACCAGUGUACAAUUUAUGGCAUUGCUGCUGAAGGUGAUGCCCUUUUUAAACAAGUACAUGAUGCCUGCUGCUUCUCUCAUUAUGUUUCUUAUGUGUGCCUAUGGAAUGACUCAUUUCUUCACUUUAUGGGUUGUGAUACCCCAAAA